CUACAGCUAAGGUUCCAGCUGCCACUGUACCGGAGUGACCACCUACUCACCUACUAUAUGGGUCAACCUGCCACCACACCUCACGUCACCUGUACAACCAUCACAACCAACCCUUAUAACCUGCAGCCUUCCAGCUCGCUUCAGCCAGCCGUCGUCAGGAGAUCCACUGUCUUCCCAUCUGCCGCCUCCACUGAUACUACUUUUGACGACAUUACCUCUGCUACUAGCACCACCACCACUGCUACUUCUUUUAACAACAUUACCUCUGCCACUGAUGUCUUCUUUACCAUCAACGACACUACCACCAGAUGGUCAGACACCCUCCAGGUCCGCCGUCGCCGCCAGGUCCUCCUUGAGGAGGAGGCACAGACUGAGGUCGACGAACUCACCACCCAGUCACACGCAUCGUCCCCAACGCCGGCUACCACAACAUUGCCCGGCCAGGGGAGAUUCCCAACACUUCGUAUACAACUUUGGUUGUGCCGUAUUUCUAUCAAAAAUACAGAAAUUGGUUUUCGCUGGGUACCUGAUCAUGAUGUUGCUCAGGGUAACGAGCAGGGAGAGACUGCAGCACUGCCAGCGGUACACGACCUUCCAGUUUCAUAUAGAGUUAUUCCACUCUCAGAUUAUUUUGCUAUAAUCUCUAGCCACCUUCGGAACCGUUGGUAA